AUGGAUGCGAGUUUUAGCCAAAGGGUUGAGGGCAUGCAAAUUACCCUACAGGAAGAUUUGGAGUUGGAGAGACAACUAAAACUUCUUAACAAACCUCCUGUUAAGAGCAUUCAAACAAAGUUUGGUUACAUCGUUGAUUGCAUUGAUAUUAACAAGCAACCAACCUUCGACCAUCCUUUACUAAAGAAUCAUAAGUUACAGAGAAAACCUAGCCAUCAAAAAAUAAUUGGAAAACCCACUGGCUUGAACGACUCACCAUCUAAAUCCGCAUUUGGGCUUGAGAUACCAUGUCCCAGUGGAACUGUUCCUAUUCGAAGGACAACAAAAGAUGAUCUUAUUCGAGCUAAAUCAUUGUCAGAUGCACCUGAAGCCCCCGAUAAUCAUGUUGCUGAAGUACAUCUUAAGCCUCAGGGAACAUAUUAUGGAAUUAAGGGAACCGCUAGCAUUUGGAAUCCAAAAGUUGAAAAUAAUCAAUCAAGUUCUGCUCUUGUGUGGGUUCGAAAUGGACCCACAUCAGUAUUUCCUACUAAUGAAAUCAUUGCUGGGUGGCAUGUGGAUCCACAACGAUACGGUGAUUUUGGAACACAUUUUUUUGCAGCAUGGACGGCAGAUAAUUACAGAACUGGAUGCUAUAAUACACUAUGUCAUGGCUUUGUUCAGACUGACUCAACAUUCUAUCUCGGUGCACUUAUAUCUAAUACAAUGGACUACAAUAGAAACCUGAUUUUUGAUCUUCCAAUCUCGAUAUCCCUGGAACAAGGCACCAAAAAUUGGUUGUUGAAUGUUUAUAAUAGAAACAUUGGAUAUUUUCCAGCGGAAUUAUUCCCUAACUUGUCAUCAGCAACACAAGUGGGAUGGGGUGGUAGAACAACAAGUACCAUUACUUCUAAUCCUCCAAUGGGAUCUGGAAAUUUUCCGGAUAAGAACAUAAUUCAUUCGUGCUAUUUUAAGUUUGUUUCAUUUAAGGAUCAAAACCAACAGUUCCAGUUACCUGGUAAACAAAUUAUGGAAGCAUACAGUGACAGACCCAAAUGCUAUGGAGCUCAAUACUUGGGAUUUCAGGAAGGUGUUGGAACUAUUCUCCAAUUUGGAGGACCUGGUGGCUAUUGUGAAGUUUAA